CCGCGCGCACGCUGGGGGCGUGGCUACGCGACGCGGUUUUCUUUUGGGUCGCUUGCUUCUAGAAGGGGCGUCCAGGACUUCGUCUGAAGGGGGCCGCGUGGAUAUUCGCUUUCAGAAAAAAGCCAGUCCCUACGGUCUCCAGUUUCGGAUCUCUGGACCCUCUCUGCGGGCACCUAGCGUAUUUGCAGAUUGCCUUGGAUGAUGGCCUGCGUCUGACAGUCCCCUCGGCUCACCUUGCUCUCCUAAGGUCGCAGUUGACAGCUCCCCUGGUCCUCAGCAUUUGCCUGGAACUGCUGGGUCUGCCACAUCCUGUCCAGCUGAUCCCUAUCCUGUUGUGCUGCCUGGGUCCACAACCUCCCUGCGUUGGCUCUUCCUCCUUUCUUCCCUCUGCUUCCAGUAUGCCUCGGGGUCGUCGCCGUCGUCAGGGCCCUCGCAUUCCCAUCCGGGCAGCUGCCAAUUACGCCAAUGCACACCCUUGGCAGCAGAUGGACCAGGCCUCUCCUGGGGUGGCAUAUACUCCCCUUGUGGAUCCCUGGAUUGAGCGGCCCUGCUGUGGGGACCCUGUGUGUGUACGCACAACCAUGGAACAGAAGAGCACAGCUAGUGAUUCUGUUGGUGGUAAGCCCACAGAAAGGGGCCUUCCGGCUGUGCGAAUGCUCGGCCCCCGGCCCCUCAGGAUGGACUUCCACUGGGUGCCUGGCUCAGAUCCAGGUACCUUUGACGGCUCUCCGUGGCUGCUGGAUCGCUUUUUGGCCCAGCUAGGUGAUUACAUGUCUUUCCGCUUUGAACAUUACCAAGACAACCUAAGCCGUGUCUGUGAGAUUCUUGGACGCCUGACUGGACGAGCCCGGGCCUGGGCAGCCCCUUACCUUGAUGGGGACCUUCCCUUGCCUGAUGAUUAUGAGCUGUUCUGCCAGGAUCUUGAGGAAGUUAUUCAAGACCCAAACAAUUUUGCUGAGUACCAUGCCGCAGUGCCCUGCCCCUUGCCUCCAGCCUCGAGCCAGCCACCAGUGGCCCCGCAGCUGCCUGUGGUGAGAGAGUAUUUAGCUAGGUUCUCAGAGGCCCUGGCACUCAACAUGGGUGCUCCCCCGAGGCCUGUCUCAGCUGCUGUGGCCACCCCUGCUGUGUCUAGGUCCUGUUCUACAUCCAGAAAUGUUCUGGCCAAGGAGAGCACGCCUGGGCCACAGGUGGUUCCUGUUCUGUCCAGUUCUGCUUGUAGCCAUGAUCCUGGUCCUGUUGGGCUAGUUCCCUUCCAGCCAGAGGAGGCAGGGACCAAACCUGUCCCUAGACUUUCAAAAUCUCCUAACCUCUCUGCCCAGAUGACAGACCUACCUUACUCAGAGGGUUCAAAAACCCAGAAAACAGAGGAGGAAGUUUCUGAGACUGGGGGAGUCCAGGAUGUAUCCUUAGGUGCCUCACAGCAGGUAGUUGAGACCCCAGAAGAGCCUCCAUUUUCUCCUGAUUGCCAGCACACAUCCAUGGGCUCUGAACAUGGCCCAGGUAGAAGCAAUAGUGCACUUUGUGAUCAAGUGGCUGGUGUUGCUAAGGAACCCCAUAGCCCCCAGUCAGGACAGAGUGGUGUCCCCAGAUGACUCCAGACAACUUCAUAGCUGGGCUAAUAGAUGCAUCCAUUUUGGACUUCUUUGUUCCUUGUUGGAGCACAAGCAAUACCCCCUGUCCCAAGCAGAACAAGGGCCUUUGCCCUGUGCACUUGUUCUCUGCUCCUGCUGGGUUUCCAGCUGUGUUCUCACCCUUUGCAUGGGAGUACUAUCUUACUGGGCCUGUUCCUGCUAGUUGGAUAGUUCUGAGAAUCAGCCCCAUCAGAUAUUUACACCUGUUAACUCUCACAAAACACUACCCUUGGCAUUUUUCAACAGUGAUUGGAACUGGAUUUGUUUGGCCCUGCCUGUCCUAGUUGGACAUGGUCCCUACAUAGUGUCUGUGCUUCUGUCUCCUGCCCCCCAAAUUCAGGUUCUCUGUGACCUGUGACCUCCAGGUUGGAAUGUAAGAAAGGCUGUGUGGAGGAGAUGGCCACUUUUUAAAAAUAUUUUUCUAAAUUGUGCAUAAGUACAUGGAAUAUAGUAUGAUAAUUUGGUACACAUGUAUAAAUGUGUAAUGAUCAGGAUGAUUGGCAUUUCCAUCUGCUUAAAUGUUUAUCAUUUCUUUGUGUUGUGAACCUUUGAACUCCUCUCUUCUAGUUCUUUAUAUGAUAUAUUGUUAUAAACUGUAGUCACCCUGCUGUGUCAUAGAAACUAGAACAAUUUUGUAUUUUGGUACUUGUUAUCUAACCUUCAUCUGUCUUUCCUGCCUCCAUCCUUGAUAUCUUCUAGUGAAGGCUGUUCUACUCUGUAAUUCUGUGAAAUCAACUUUUAAACUUCCACAUAUGACAACGUAGGGUAUUUGUCUCUCUGUACCUGGUUUAUUUCACUGAAUGUUUUCUACUUCUAUCUGUGUUGCCAUAUUUCAUUCUUUUUAUGGCUGAAUAAUAUUCCAUUAUGUAAAUGUACCACAUUUGCUUUAUUCAUUCAUCUAUCAGUAGACACUCCAUUGAUUCCAUACAUUGGCCUUUGUGAAUAGUGGGGAAGCAGCAAUCAAUGCAUCUGAAUGAGUAAGAUGGCAUCUUGGCUUCCUUGUGGGUUUACCAGAAGCCCAAGCCAGCUGGAGUUUUAGAUGCAGGAAGGUGGGGCCCAAGCCCCAUUGCCAGGCAUUAUCCUUUCUAUAUGGUAAUAUAAUGACCACACCAGUUUUCUUAAGAAAUUGGUACAGAUUUUAAUGUUUCUGUGCUGCUCCUUUCCCUCUUUUUUUUUUUUUUUUUGUACUUGGUUUCUUGCUGUAUUGCCCAAGCUGUCUUCAAACUCUUGGACUUAAGCAAUCUGUCUCAACCUCCCAAGUGGCUACUAUAGGCAUGUGCCACUAUGCCUGGCUGCCCCCACUUUUUCUUUUAUUUUUUAAAAUUAGUGCAUUAUAAUUAUAGGUAAUAGUGGGAUUUUUUUGAUACAUUCAUACAUUUAUACAAUAUAACUAUAAUUUAGUCAGUUUUGUUCCCCAGCACCUCCCCUUUCCCAUCUUCCCUCCCCUGGUCUUUCUCUGCUGUCCUGUUUUCAUGAGAUUUUUUUCCCUCCUUACCACUACGACCUUUACUUUUUUCUAAUUUCUACAUUGGAGAAAAUAUACAACCCUUGAUUUUCUUGAGUUCAGCAUAUUUCACUUAACAUAAUAUUCUCAAGUUCUAUCAAUUUUCCUGCAAAUAAUAAUUUCACUCUUUAUUGCUCCUUCCCCUUUUUCUAAAGUAGUCCGUGCUCUCCCCCCAUGUACUCUUGCAUAUUGCUGAUUCAGCAUUUAAAACCCCAGUGAUGUAAAUAACUUGUAUCCCCCAGCAGACUGUGAGCCUCUAGGGCAGGGACGUUAGUCUUAGCUUUGUGUCCCUGGUACAAAAUUGGUGCUCAUUAAACGUGUGUUGGAUCCAUUGCUAAA